GCUGCCGCGCGGGGCGUGCCGGGAGGGCGGCGCCGUGGCCUCGGUGACGCGGCCUGCUCGCGGCCUACGUGCGGGGAUGGCGGCCCAGGCCCUGAUCCCGGCUCCCCUCACGGGCAUUCCUUUCCUGCGGGCCUCCCACCUGCAGCUGGGCGCUACCCGCAGCGUCCCGCAGGACGGCGGUCGGCCAUUUUCUCACCUUCAGUUCCCCCCUUUCUGGGGGGAUCGCAGGCCGACGCCGGCCGAGCCGCCCCGCAGCGGGGACGUGUUGAACCGGAGCGGGGCUGAGGGUGGGGGGCACUGCUCGGAAACGCGGCUGGCAUUCCCAGAGAAGCCCCUGCAGCCCGUCGUCCCCAUCGUUCCCCCAGCACCAUGCAUCCGUAUGCACGCGGAUCCCCGCAUUCGCAUCUGCUCCUCAGUGACGAGGGACAGCUACCCCUGCCCUGCAGCCCCUACCCCACAACCCACCCUCCCCAAAGCUCAGGAGAGCAGUGAUCACAUUCUUUGUGGAGACAGAGAAAAAAUAAGGCUCCCUCCAUCUGUCCACACCACCUCGUAUCCAGCACACGGGAUCCAGCCUGCUGCCAGCCCGUGGCACACGCACAGGGGAUGUGCUCCCAUUAUUAAAGGGGAUGGACGGUCCUAUUACCACACUUCUCAUCAAAUGCAGUUUAAAGGUGAAUGCAGUCCACCUGCAAAGCCAAGUGAGAAGCACAAGUCUUGUAUUAAAUUUGGGGAUCCCAGAAGCAGCGGAUCUACGAGUGAGCAAAAAUAUGCCUACACUGCCCCAGACAAAAGGAAGCACAGAUUCUAUGACAAGGAACGUGCCGCCUUCCAGAUCCACCACACAAACGUGCAGCUAGGGGAUGGUCGCACCAGAUUCUCCACCUCAAUGUCAGAGCUCUUUCCAGUACAUAAUGCAGAGCCUGUAGCUAUUGCCUGCCUGAACAAAAACUUUUCAUCCAUCCCCAGAGGUGAUGAAGACCCUGAGAGAAAUCGUGCACUGGCAAGAGUUGCCACGACACAGUUCUCCUACCCAGAGACUGGCAGGUGGAACUUCUCACCGAAGCCUGACUUGCUACUGCAGAAAUAUCAAAGCAAUGUCUGCUUAGGAGAUGACCGUUCAGGUUCCUGUUUCUUCAGCACAACGCAGCAGUCAGACUACCAGCCACCACACCAGACCCAGAAGGUGACCGGAGACAGCAAGAGCCACCGUGACAGCCACCUCCCCUUCAACUACUACAAUGAAAGUCCUGUCACAACCACACGGGCUACACUGGUCCCACACAGACAGCAGAAGCAACGACUCUCUGAAGACAUGCUACAGCAGAUGAAACGCUCCCACCUGGUGCUGCCCUGGAAGGUGCAGGACCUCUUCAGUACUGAGCAGAAGGAUGAGUUCACACCCAAGUACAGAGACACAGCAGAAAUCCAGGCAGCAAACUGCCAAGUGAGCUGUGUCCCACUGGGGACCCUGAAGGAAUACUGCUCCCAGAGAAAGGUGCUCUGCACACCGUGAUGCUCCCCCUGUUCCCCUGCUUGCCCAGAACUUCCUGCAGUGCCGACUGCCUCUGUGUGGUGUGUCACCCAGCUGUUCUGCUGCUUCCGUUCUGGCCCUGCUCUUGGCCCAGCUGUGUGUUAUUACAGGGAACAUUUACUUCAAGAGUUGAACGAGGACAUGAAGCGUUGUGACAGCAAUAAACACCGGGGCAUCAGCCCAAAGACAUGGGUGACAUCUGUCUCUGGAGUCGCAAGAUCCACACAGGGUCCUCCAGGCGGGUGCAGGGGCAGGAGGGAGCAGGCAUGGUGGGGGAAGCUCAGGGGAAGGGUGAGAGAUCAGAAGCACUGUCAGGGCUGUGUGUGGGCUGGAAUAUUCCCGUGUUAUCUGUUUGGAUUUUAGUGUCAAGGCCUGAAAGCAAAGGUCAGUGAACAGUAGGGCAGAGAAGCAGCCCUCCCCAGCUUACGAUGAGUGGGGCUGUUUUCCUAGCAACAAGCAGAGUAUUUCUGUUGAGUUGAUAACUCCUGUGGAUUUCCUGAAUGCUGAGCUUGCACUAACUCUGUUGGGGAUGUAGGUAUUUUAAAGGGAGGCCAAGUGAGCAGGGCCAGCUGCUGCCUCGUCACAGCUGCCACUUCACAAGCUCUUCUCAGCCUUUUGGUGCAGAUGGAUCUGAUUCACAUGUGCUGUGAGCCAGCACUGCAGUAUUAGAACAGGGCUUGCUAACUCGUUCCCAGUUGCUGCAGUCUGUGUGUGAGCAGUGGCUAGGCCCACAAACUCCCUCUGCUUUCCUCUGGAGAUUUGACAUUACAUCUCUUGGGAAAGGGAUGUUCUUUGCUCCACGUGUAUUUGAAAGAAGCUGUGUAUUCGAGCCGUGCAGAUUCCCGCAGCUGCUUCACGCAGUGUUAUUUGCUGGCAUGUUGCAAACACCGAGAUUCAAAAGUGUCGAUUGCUUCACUGGGUGUAGUAACAGGGACUUGCGCACACUGUAGGCCUGCCCCAUAUUUUUACGUGACCAUAAGUUGGCACUGCUACCUGC